GGCCAAUGUAAAAUAACUCCCUCAGUGUAUCGGGUUUGAGAAUAACAUAACGUCCAGUGCGCUCCAAUCUUUUUUUGCUUAUUGUAUCUAAUUUAUUGUAUCUUUUGGUGAACAGAGCAUUUUGAUACCUCUUCUCAAGUCAUGGACGUCCCUGUUUAGAUUUAUCUGGCGCUCUACAUUUUGCCCUGGAACAGGAACUUGUAUUCACACUUUUUUCACCUUCUAUUUUCCAAGAAUGGCGGCAAAUGAGGGAGAUGAGGCUACUGUUUCUUUGGUAGAUGUUUUGGAAGAAGAUGAAGAGUUGGAGAAUGAGGCAUCUGCUGUUUUAGCUGGUAGUGAUUCUGAGAAGUGUUCCUAUCCCGAGGGCUAUGUGAAGCGACAAGCCCUCUAUGCCUGCAGCACCUGCACACCAAAGGGGGGCCAGCCAGCCGGAGUCUGCCUGGCCUGCUCCUACAAAUGCCAUGAAGGCCAUGACCUGUUUGAGCUCUACACCAAAAGGAAUUUCCGCUGUGACUGUGGAAACGGCAAGUUUGAAGAGAUGAGGUGCAAGUUAUACUCAGACAAGGAUCAGUUGAACACGGAGAACAAAUACAGCCACAAUUUUUUUGGUCUGUAUUGCACCUGUAACAGGCCAUAUCCAGACCCAGAAGACCCGGUUGAAGAUGAGAUGAUACAGUGCAUUGUCUGUGAGGACUGGCUUCAUGGCAGGCACUUGGGUUGCCCUGUGCCAGAGUGUGUGGAGCUCCAGGAGAUGGUGUGUGAGUCCUGCAUGAACAAUGCUCCUUUCCUGUGGACCUACGCCACCCAUCUGGCAGUGCCCGCUGCGACCAAAGCCAGCCCCUGCAAAGCAGAAUGGGAGGUGACGAAUGAAGAGGGGGACCGUGAGGAGGGCAAGAACACAACAGAGGAGGCCUCCACGAGCCUCAAUGACCAGGGUGAAGAGAAGGUCAAAUCCAAUGGGGUGCCAGGCUGCAAAAGGAGGCACCAGGAGAUGGAGGGAGGCUCGCCUCCCUCCAAAGAGUGCAGGCUCAAGGAGCUGGGGGGCACAGGUACAGAGAGAGCAGAGUUUGGAGCUGUAUUCUGGCCCUCAGCCUGGAGAACCAAACUCUGUUCCUGUGUCAGCUGCAAGAAAUCCUACGCUGAAGCUGGUAUGUCCUUUCUCCUGGAUGAGUCGGACACGGUCUUAGCCUACGAGAAUAAAGGAAAGACCACAGAACAGGAGCAGGCGGGGACUGCCGAGGGUCGCGACCCCCUGAUGUCGGCCCUUAAUACUCUGGGCCGGGUUCAGCAGCUGGAGAUAAUCCACGGGUACAAUGACAUGAAGACUGAGCUGAAGGAUUUCCUGCAGAGAUUUGCUGCAGAAGGAAAGGUGGUGACUCCCGAGGACAUCCGUCAGUUCUUCCAACAGCAGCAGAACCGCAAGAGACGACGGGCCAACGCGGGCCAGUACUACUGCAGCUGAGCAGUCUCCAUUCAGACAACUCCCGGUCUCCCCCUCUCCACAUUUCCCCAACACCUGUCAGUAUAGUUGUAUUCCUUUUUCUUCUUCCCACUGAAUGUCAUUGCCUUGCGUCCAAUAUCAUCUUCUAGUACAACUCCUCAGACGUUUUGUUUAAACAAAUAAAAAUGCAGUUUAAAAAAAAAAGGUAUUUUGAACAUUGUAUGAGCUUUUGCGUUAUCUUGUUCUGGGCAGUAUGCUUUGUUGUACUGUACUCGGGGCUCUGCAAUGUGAUUUGUCUUUUGAGGCUAAGCAGGUUAAUGAACUGGCAUUUGGUUGAUGUGGAUGAUACUUUGGUUAUCUUUUUCUAGAGGAAAUUGUUAGUCUAUCAUUGCUCUCCCUCAAACAAUUUUUGUUAAAACUGGAGAGAAAGCCUAAGUUUAGUUUGCCUGAUAGCAAGUGUUCCAGACAACAGACAGAGCAGUGACCCCAGUUUAUGGUGACCCCUUGACCUUUUAUUUACCUUUUUAUUUUAAUAAACAUCAAUGGAUUUGCUCUUAAAACUCUGGUUAAGCUGGUCAUCGUUCCCACAACAUGCUUUCUUUCAACUCAUUCCUUUGACAAUUUAUAAUUUUGUAUUUGUCCUUAGUUGCAAUUUCCUUAGUGCUGUUUGUAGAUUGCAUGAUUGCAGAACCCUGGCCCAUUAGUACGGUUUGUAUUUUAAAGGACCACGUUAAAUGUUACCAUGUUCCUUUUUAAUGUUCACUCUAAGAAAUAAAGCUAUGAAUAAUGUAAA